AUGAAGGGUAGCGAAAGGAAGUCAUCCAACAACGGUAUACACAAGCCUCAUCAUUCCUCAAAGUCUUCUGAUAGACGUGUUGCCGGGGGUAGGAAGCCCGUGAGUUACUUACAUAGUGUAAUAUCUGGAACAGUAGCUGCACUGCCAACACAAAUUUCGUCGACUAACAUCCACCAAGUUCACAAUGAUGAAUCUAAAACCGUAAAGAGGACUUCUGGUAGUAAAUCCUGGGAAGAUUCUUCCCUUUUGGAGUGGAAUCCCAAGCAUUUUAGGCUCUUCGUAGGGAACCUUGGUGAUGAUGCAAAUGAUAGCUUAUUAUUUAACUCAUUCAAAAAGUACCAAACAAUAUCUAAAGUUAAAGUUCCUAUCGACAAGAAGACUGGCAAGAAUAAAGGAUAUGGUUUUGUAGCUUUUGAAAGCUCUGAUGAUUAUUUCAAAGCAUUUAAAGAAAUGAAUGGAAAGUAUAUUGGUCAACAUCCAGUUCAAUUAAAGAGAGCUGAGACUAACAUAAAGGCUACAAAGAAGCAUAAGAGGAAAUGA